UUCCGAAAGAUAAUUCGACUUUUAGCAAGCAAAUCGAGGAGAUAAUUGACAAAAAUAAGGUGGAGGGAGAAUUAUUCACUACUCCUUUUACGAACCUAAAAUUUAAACCGAAUUUCAGUGAAAAGGUAGAGAAACAUUAUGAAGGAGAUGCCUUAUUAAUUAAAGACCCGAACCAAGUGGAAAAAUUGACAGGAACCAAUAUCAUUGAUAUUAAAAACCAACACCAGCCUUACCAAAUUACUUUUAAGGUUUUGAACCAGCACAAGGAGGGAUAUGGAUAUGGGAACGGAAAAAGAUUAUCUUACCAAGAAAGUUUUUUAAAAUACGGCGACUAUAUUCAUGUUCUUGAAAUCGAACCGCUCGAUUUGGGAAUUGAGGAUUUACCACCAAUUAACCGUUUGUCUUUUACUUUUGCUAAUGAAAUUAAUCCCUUAGCCGAGGGCAAUUUGGAACUAACUAAAUGUGAAUUAUACAAAAGUCCAAUAUUAGAGAACUCAGUUGGCAAAACUUUUACCAUGCAAGUUGAGGAAUUUAAAAUUUAUGAAACUA